GCAAAAAUUUGGGAUAAAAUGCGGAUAUGAUUUGACACAUCCAUACGUGUCUUAAAAUUUUUUACCUACAAUUUGUGGUAUAAAUAUUGCAACAUUUUUUUGAAACAUUUUCAUCCAUUCCUUAGUGUCUUCAAAACCAUGUCUAGUAAGAACACUAAUAGGAAGGUGUGCUAUGUCUUGUGCAUCUUGUUUGGGCUUCUUCUGCAGACAUUUGGUUUGAGUGCAGAUGAUGGGGAGCAGAUCGGGUCCGGGUACCGGGUGGUGUCUUCGGUCGUCGAUCCUUCGGGCAGGUCGUUGAGCGCUCGGCUCCAAGUCAUUCAGAACUCGUCGGUUCUUGGACCCGAUAUUGUCAAUCUCAAACUCGAUGCGAGCUUUGAGAGCGGAAGCCGGUUGAGAGUGAAGAUCACAGAUGCAGAUAACCAAAGAUGGGAGAUUCCAGAAGAGUUCAUACCUCGCAAUUCAUCAUCCCCAUCGCCAUUGGGAGGAGACAACGCGAUUGAUGCGAACAGCGAUGGGGCAUCCGCCGCCGUCAUCAGUGAUCCGAACUCAGAUCUGGUUUUCAAUCUCUUCAACACCACCCCGUUCGGAUUCUCCGUCACCCGGAAGUCCUCGAACGACGCCGUCUUUGAUGCCUCUCCGGUCAGCGGUACCAGCGACUCGCUACUCGUGUUUAAGGAUCAGUACCUGCAGAUCUCGUCGGCGUUGCCGUCCAACCGAUCGUCUCUGUACGGGAUCGGAGAGCACACAAAGGGAACGUUCAAGCUCCAGAGUCCUCAAACCCUAACGCUGUGGGCGGCGGACAUAGCCAGCUUCAACCGGGACCUAAAUCUGUAUGGUUCUCACCCUUUCUACAUGGACGUCCGGUCCUCCGGAGACGCGCAUGGGGUCUUGCUGCUCAAUAGCAACGGCAUGGACGUCGUGUACACCGGCGAUAGGAUCACUUACAAGGCGAUCGGCGGUGUCAUUGACCUCUAUUUCUUCGCCGGUCCCACGCCGGAAUUGGUGUUGGAUCAGUACACCGAUCUCAUCGGCCGCCCUGCUCCCAUGCCUUACUGGUCCUUUGGAUUCCACCAGUGCAGGUAUGGUUAUAAGGAUGUUGAUGAUCUUGAAGGUGUGGUUGCUGGCUAUGCAAAUGCCUCCAUACCCCUUGAGGUUGUGUGGACAGACAUUGACCACAUGGAUGCCUACAAGGAUUUCACUUUGGAUCCUGUUAACUUCCCGGCAGACAGGAUGAAGACUUUUAUUGAUAGCCUCCAUAAGAAUGCCCAGAAAUAUGUUCUCAUUCUUGAUCCAGGGAUUAGCACAAGCGACUCGUACGAUACCUACAAGAGAGGGCUCGAAGCUGAUAUAUACAUCAAGCGCGAUGGUGUUCCUUAUCUUGGACAAGUUUGGCCAGGGAAUGUGUAUUUCCCGGACUUUGUAAACCCGGCCACCACUGCCUUCUGGAGCAAUGAGAUCAAAAUAUUCAGAGACACUGUUGAGUUCGAUGGUCUUUGGAUUGACAUGAACGAAGUAUCUAAUUUCAUAACAUCCCCCUCCAAUGGAAAUUCCACUCUUGACAACCCUCCUUACCAGAUCAACAACUCUGGGAACAAGAGGGCAAUCAAUGAGAAGACCAUCCCAGCAACGGCAAUUCAUUUUGGCAACAUUCCGGAUUAUAAUGUCCACAACCUUUAUGGUUUCCUUGAAUCAAAAGCUACUAACCAAGCUUUACUGAAUGUCACCGGGAAGAGACCAUUUGUGCUGAGCAGGUCUACAUUUGUGGGCUCUGGCAAGUACACUGCACAUUGGACCGGUGACAAUGCUGCAAGUUGGGAUGAUUUGGCUUUCAGCAUUCCAAGCAUCUUGAGUUCUGGACUCUUUGGUAUUCCCAUGGUUGGUGCUGAUAUUUGUGGCUUUCUUAGAAGUACAACUGAGGAGCUUUGUAAUCGGUGGAUCCAGGUAGGGGCAUUCUAUCCAUUUUCAAGAAACCAUGGAGACAAGUCUAGCAACCGUCAUGAGCUCUACAUUUGGGACUCAGUCGCUGCAUCGGCAAAGAAGGUGCUUGGGUUGCGCUAUCGCCUACUCCCAUACUUCUACACAUUGAUGUACGAGGCCCACCUACGCGGGGUCCCCAUCGCAAGGCCUCUCUUCUUCUCAUUCCCUCAUGACACCAACACACACGAGGUCUACUCGCAGUUCCUAGUCGGCAAGGGUCUCCUCAUAUCCCCUGUGCUCACCAGUGGCGCUGUCUCUGUCGAAGCAUACUUCCCAGCUGGAACUUGGUACGACCUCUUCAACUAUUCCAACUCCGUGGCAUCGAAAUCCGGCGAGAACGUGACUCUCGACGCUCCUCUGGACCACAUAAAUGUCCAUCUCCGGGAGGGCAACAUCCUGGCAAUGCAGGGAGAGGCCCUGACGACAAGAGCAGCCAGGAACACUUCCUUUGAACUGCUGGCGGCACUCGACAGCUCCGGGAACAGUUCAGGCGAGCUUUUCUUGGACGAUGGAGAGGAAGCCGAGAUGGGGGGCGCUGGCGGGAAGUGGAGUUUCGUGCGCUUUCAGACCAGAACAGCGCCGGGAAACGUGGUUACCCUCACAUCAAAGGUCACGAAUCCGGAUUUCGCCGCCAGUGGUGGUUGGGUCAUAGAGAAGGUGACGGUUCUUGGCUUGAAGAGUGGCACUGGUGGUGCGGUGGAGAUAUCUGGGUUGAAUCAGCCUAUUGGGAAAAGCUUUACUUUGGACCUGGGGAAGCAAACGCCAUUGGAGUCUGCAACAUGAUCUGAACAAGACACUGUUAGUUUUCCCAUUUGAAAACCCCAUUUUUUAUUUCUCCCCGUUCUGUAAUCCAAUAAUAUCAUUUACUGUGAUAGAUUCACCCCAGAAAGAAUAAUGUAAUACAUCUAUGAUCAAAUAUAUUUGGACCACUCAG